AUGGGCGUCGCCGGUGCCAUCGCCGUGGCGUGCGGCGCGAUGGCUGCCGUAGCCACGGCCGCGGCGUUCCUCGCCACGCUGAGGGCGCUGCGGCGGUCGGCGGCGCGGGAGGCGGCGCUGCGGGCCAGCCUCGUCAGGCACCGGGAGGCGCUGCAGCAGGCGGAGCGGAAGAGCCUCAACAAGACCGGCGCGUUCGCCGGCGCCAGCCACGACAUCAGGUCGGCGCUGGCGGCGAUCGCGGGGCUGGUGGACGUGUCCCGGGCCGAGGCCCGGGCGCACCCGCAGAUCACGCGCAACCUCGACCAGAUGGAUGCCUGCACGAAGAAACUGCUCGGGAUACUUAACUCGAUACUAGACACAAGCAAGGUUGAAUCAGGAAAGAUGCAGCUAGACGAGGUCGAGUUCAACCUAGCAGACGUUUUGGAAGAAUCCAUGGACAUGAUCAACAUUGUAGGCAUCAGCAAAGGGCUUGAGGUGGUCUGGGAUCCCUGCGACUGCGAUCUGUCCAUCCUCAAAUGUGGGAAUGUGACAGGGGACUGCAGGAGACUCAAGCAGAUCCUGGAUAACAUACUCGGCAAUUCUGUGAAGUUCACUCAAGAAGGGCAUGUCAUUCUCCGUGCUUGGGCAAACAGGCCUAUCACAAGAAGCCCAGUCAGUGUUCCUUCCAGAUUUGGCUGUUCAAGAACCGGUGCCAAUUUCUUAUGUUUGUUCAAAACCAGAGAACGUGACGCUGAUUGUCACUCGUUCAGUUUGGUCCAAAAUGACCCCAAUUCGAUUGAGUUGUACUUUGAAGUGGAUGAUACUGGCAUUGGGAUCCCAAAGGAAAAGAGAGAGUUGGUGUUUGAGGACUAUGUCCAAGUUAAAGAAGGGCAAGGAGGAACCGGCCUGGGCCUUGGAAUCGUUCAAUCCUUUGUUCGUCUGAUGGGAGGUGAGAUUAGCAUCAAGGACAAAGAGCCUGGUGAAACUGGAACCUGUGUUGGCUUCAAUGUGUUCAUGAAGAUGGGUGGAAUCCAUGAGCAACAUGACAUAGAAGAAGGCAGUUCGAUCCCUUCAACAGAAACAAGCGAAAGCCGCAUCCGAGCCUCAGCCUUCAGAGAAGCUAGUAGCUUUGACGGUGUCCACUGCGUGCUUCUUGUUCAUGGUGAUGAAACGCGAAGAAUCCUGCGAUCUUGGAUGGAGAACCUUGGGAUUCAAGUCUGCCUAGUCCCACAGCUCGAGUUCCUUGCUUCUGCUGUUGACAAUUUGUGCCGUGUUAACACUUCUCCUGCAAGGACAUCAUCAGACAGUUUUGAAUGCCGCACGGACUACUGUUUCAGGCCCAGAGAUACGGUUACCCAAAUACUGCCCAUCUCACUGAACAAUAGCAAUAGCAUCCAAAGAGGCACGUUUGGAGGAGUACUAGUUGUCAUUGACGCUCACUAUGGAAAACUGGAGGACAUGUGCCCAGGGAUGAACUUCGUAGAAACCAAAAAUCGAAUUCCAUGCAAAGUUGUUUGUCUCGCAGAUGCGAACACCUCUUCUAGUGACUUGAGGAGGUUCAGGCACAGUUCAUGCUGCGACCUUGUCCUGCAAAAGCCAAUCCACGGGUCCCGGUUGCAGGCCCUCCUCAAGACCCUGAGGGACCUCCGGAUGCCGCACGCCCAACACCCACCUCAUGCUAGUCCUGACGGCAACACUGGCACCAGCACUCCAGGCAGAGGAUCAUCAGGAGCAGCUGGCGCUUCCGCCAUGGCUGCGCAUUCGGGUCCAGAAUCAGAACCAAGAGCCGAGGACGAUAAGCCAUUGACUGGAACGCGCGUGCUGUUAGUGGAGGACACACUGACUUUGCAGACGAUUGGGAAGAAGAUACUGCACCAGCUAGGAGCCACUGUCGAAGUGGAAGAGGAUGGAGCCAAGGCCGUCAGCAUGUUCGGAGCUGCUCUUGAGCAGGCAGCUGCUGGCCCGGAAACGGAUCCAGCGCCCACUCCCUACGAUGUCAUCCUCAUGGAUUGCCAGAUGCCCGUGAUGGACGGCUACGAGGCGACGGGGCGCAUCCGCGAGGCGGAGAGCCGCCGCGGGAUCCGCACCCCGAUCAUCGCCCUGACCGCGCACGCCGUGGAGGAGGAGGCGCGCAGGACCAUCCUCGCCGGGAUGGACCUCCACCUGACCAAGCCCAUGGAGCGGAGGAUCAUAGCGGAAGCCAUCCGCCGCGUGCGCGGAGGCCAGGGAUGACGACGACGCUGGCACGCUGCCUUCGCCGCCGCCGUGCCGUUGCAUCGAUCGAUCAGAGGUUGGUGCCGCUGCGUGCCCGGUGGCCACACCACGCGUGACGGUUGAAUGCUCUGUAGCGGCAACGGCAUUGCAGCGACCUUUUUUAUUUUUGGCUCCUCGUUACAGACUCUGCGAUCAGAGAGUUCGAAGGUUUUGGUACACUUGGUAGCGUGAUCAACUAAAGUUCACGGCACGGCCGGAGUUAUGGACUUAAUCGGGGGAAGCUUUUUCCUGUCCCUGAAAAAUUGUUCGCAUUGCACGGAGGGGGAAUGGGACGUGACAGGUUCAAACCUUGUCUGAAUAUGCUGCUCCUGCUGGGCAAUCAUUGAGAUCUGGGGCGAAUUAUUCAGACCUGUCGAGUCAGUAUGGGCUUGUUUGGUUGCAGCCUGGCAGGCAGCUUGCCCCCCAGGCAGCUUCAUCCAGCCCCACGCUGAGGAAAUCGAUGGGCUGGAUAUGUUGCCUGGCUCAGGCAGCUACUCCAAGACUC